GACGCACCGUCCAACUGCUACAAUCUGUAUCCGGUGACGCGUGAAAGUGUCAGGCUUCCUCACUGUUUUUUCUUGUGGAAUAAAACACUUGAACGCAGACUUUGAGCUCCGUUUUUCUGUGCGUCUGGUCUGAAGAGCCCUGCGUCACCAGGAAACUCUGGUCAGCUCAACUUCCUGUGAGCCUGACAGAAGCCACAGAUCCAGCAGCUGUCAGCAGCUCCGGCAAACAUGGCUCAUCUCCCCGCUCUGUUCAAGUAUGUGGACGAAAACCAGGAUGAAUACGUGGAGCGUCUUAAGGACUGGGUGGCUGUACAGAGUGUGUCAGCUUGGCCAGAAAAGCGCGGGGAGAUCAAGAAGAUGAUGGAGAUGGCCGCCAAGGACAUCGAGAGACUGGGGGGGACAACAGAGUUGGUGGACAUUGGUAAACAGAAGCUCCCCAGUGGAGAGGAGAUCCCCCUGCCGCCCAUCGUCCUGGGUCGUUUGGGAUCAGACCCGGGUAAGAAGACCGUGUGCAUCUACGGCCACCUCGACGUCCAGCCGGCCAGUAUCGACGACGGCUGGGACACCGAGCCUUUCAAACUGGUGGAGAAAGACGGUAAGCUCUAUGGUAGGGGCUCCACUGAUGACAAGGGUCCAGUGCUGGCCUGGUUUAACUGCAUCGAGGCCUACCAGAAGAUCAAACAGGAGCUGCCCAUCAACAUCAAAUUCUGUUUCGAGGGGAUGGAGGAGUCAGGGUCCGAGGGCUUGGAUGAACUGGUCUUUUCCCGUAAAGACACUUUCCUAAAAGAUGUGGACUAUGUCUGCAUCUCUGACAACUACUGGCUGGGCAAGACCAAACCCUGCAUCACAUAUGGUCUCAGGGGGAUCUGCUACUUCUUCAUUGAGGUGGAAUGCUGUGAGAAGGACCUUCACUCAGGUGUGUUCGGUGGCUCCGUUCAUGAGGCCAUGACCGACCUUAUUGCACUUAUGGGGACCCUUGUGGAUGGAAGAGGAAAAAUUCUGGUUGAUGGGAUGUAUGACAGCGUGGCCCCUCUGACAGAUGAGGAGCAAAAACUGUACGAGAAAAUAGAGUUUGACUUGGAUGAAUACUGCAAAGAUGUCGGAGUUGGAUGCCUCCUGCAUAAAACCAAGGAGCAGAUCCUAAUGCAUCGCUGGAGGUACCCAUCUCUGUCUCUCCACGGGAUCGAAGGAGCGUUCGCUGAAGCCGGAGCCAAGACGGUCAUCCCACGCAAGGUCAUCGGAAAGUUCUCCAUCCGUCUCGUCCCUGACAUGGACCCCAAACUUGUGGAGAAACAGGUUAUCAGCCAUUUGGAGAAGAAGUUUGCUGCUCUGGGAAGUCCCAACAAACUGAAAGUGUACAUGGGUCAUGGAGCCAAAGCCUGGGUGUCUGACUUCAACCACCCACAUUACAUGGCUGGUCGGAAGGCCAUGAAGACAGUCUUCGGUGUGGAGCCUGACCUGACCCGCGAAGGUGGAAGCAUCCCCGUCACCUUGACCUUCCAGGAGGCCACAGGACGUAAUGUCAUGCUGCUUCCAGUCGGAUCCUCAGAUGAUGGAGCUCACUCCCAGAACGAGAAAAUCAACAGGUCCAACUACAUCCAGGGGAUCAAGAUGUUGGGCGCAUACUUCCACGAGGUUUCUCAGCUGGAAUGAAUUCAUGUCUCAUCGUAACAGCUGUGAAAUAUUUCCAUCCUCACUAUCAAAGCCAUAAUAACUGUGCUAUGAUUUACCUGAUACAGUAUCAGUUUUAUACACACUUCCUCCUAAUAAAAGUAUUUUUCUUUGUUACUG